AUGGAUUGGAACAGCGACAAUUAUCCUUUAUCCAACAGCUGUGCCUGUUCGUCUGCGCGUUUACAGCCAAUUGUAACUAUAAAAGAAGACGAGAUGCCUCAUUCUCAUGAUCACACAUUUUCCGGCACAGCGUUGCCUACACAAAUGGCCCAAGGAAUUUCAUUUGUCAACAGUAACACCAACGGUUAUAGAACUACUACUGUUUUGGGUGAUAUGACCCCUUCUAAUUCCGUAAAAGAUGGAUUUGACAAUAAGCUUGAUUCCUUAGAUGCUAUAAACUCUAACAGAUCGCCCACAUCACCCAAUUCAUUCGCUAAAGUUGAAGCCCUGUUGCAUAAAUAUCGACAAUUAGCCCUGGAUGCUGUUACGUUACUCAAAAGUGAAAGGGAGGACCGAGAGUUGAUCAAGGAGAAUAUGGCCAGGGCCGCCUUUGAUGCAUAUAAGUCUUUCGAAGAUGACUUAAAAAAUAAAGCGCUGGAUGCAGUCAAAGAAAUGCAAAUUGAAAUCAGGAAGGAGAGGGCUAUCUACAUAAGUGAAAAUGAAGAGUUGAUUGAUAAGUGCAAUAGGAUGGAAAGGGAGUUCAACCGCAUCAGGAACAUUAAUCUAGGUGAUUGCAAAUUGCUGAAAUGCAUGAGCGAUAAUGAAAAGUUGAAAUUAACUGAAAUGAUUGUGGAUAUGUUCGACAAGUUCAGAAAUGAGGUAGUUGAUUCGGUGGUCAAAUUCAUGGAUAACACUAAAGCUGAUGAGCAAUUUUGUGAUGACGUAGAUGAGUUUGUACAUGUGGCAAUUUUGUCCCAAGCCACUCUCUGA